AUGCCCAGUGAAAUUGCGACUAGCAAAGUAUCUUUAUCUACAAAACCAACAGAAUCAAGAUGGUUGGCCAUAGCUAAUUUACCUGAAACAGCAACUGAAGAUACAAUCAAAGAAUGCUUUAAACGACAUGGCCGUGUUCAAUCAGUUAAAAUCGAUGAACAACGUUUCGCUUUUGUCGCUUUUUUGGAUGUACGUACCGCAUCGAAAGCACAUAACGCAGAAAAUAUUCUCGAUGAACAACGAUUACGAACAGCAUUUCAUGAUGGUUCAAAUUCAGUGCCUAAAGCACUUUUAGGACCUCCUCCACUACCGAUUCAAUCAUCGUCUUCUUCAUCUAUUGUAUUACCCGAACAACCCUCACUAUUGACUUCUUCGACAGUUAUUGAAGCAUCAUCUUCAUCUUCGUCGAAUACAUCGAAUAUAACAACAGUGACAAAUCCAUUACCGACUAAAACAAUAAAUGGAGAUCGAGAUAAACGUCCAUCACGUACACUUGGUAGUCCUGAUGAAAAUGUUCGACAUCAAGUUGUACCUGUCAAACGUGAUUCAGAUUCUUCAGGCAGUAAGAGAAAAACAUCGUCAACUAGUGUUUCAAAAACAACAAAUAGUUCACAUUCGACAAUACAAAAACCACCACGUCGAAAACAUGAUAAUUCAUCUUCAUCAUCCUCAUCUUCUUCGUCAUCAGAAUCGGAAAGAUCGAGUGAUGAUAGUAUAUCAUGUAAAAAUCGUCGUCGAAAUCCAACGAAAACUCAUUCGUUAUUGAAUGAUUCAAUGAGUAAAACAAAAAUCUUAAAAAUCUAUCAUUUACCAUCUAAAACUCCAAAAGAUUCAUUACGUGAAUUAUUAUGGGAGAUAUUUGUUGAAUUUAAAAAAUCAUGUCGUUUAUUAACAGUUAAAAUCGAUGGUGAACAUGAAUCACGUUAUGCAUUAUUAACAUUUAGAAAAUCGGAAGAUGUUGAUAAAGCAUUAACAUUUGCUACGACAAAAACGAUUUAUGGUGUUAAAAUCAAAGCUGAACCAUAUGAUGGAAUAACAAAUGAAACAGAUGAAUGUGAUAUUAUGAAACGAUCAAUAUGUACAGAUCCUGAUUUUGAUGAAUACUCUAUAAAAGCAACACGUACAUUAUAUAUUGGUAAUCUUCAAUCGGAAAUAUCUUAUAAUGAAUUACGUGAAAUAUAUUCAGCAUAUGGUGAUAUUAUUGAAGUUGAAAUCAAACGACAAACACAAUCACAACAUCAAUUACCAUUUGCGUUUGUUCAAUAUGCGGAUAUUAAAAGUGUUGUCAAAGCAAUGAAAGCAUUUGAACCGAAAACAACUCGAGAUCAUUCAAUUAAAUUGGGAUUUGGUAAAAGUCAACCAACAAAUGUACUUUGGCUUGAUGAAUUACCUUUAACUGUCACUGAAUCUUCAAUACGUAAUUUUAUCAUUCGUCAAACAAAUCUUGCUGCUGAUCAAGUACUUGAUAUAUAUAUUGAUAAUCGUAAUAGUCAUAAAAGUCAAACAGCACAGUGUUUAAUAUAUUUUUUUGAUACACGUGCUGCACAAGAAGCAAUUAAUUCUAUACGUGGAAAAAAGAUUGAUUCAAAAAGAAUUCAAGUUGAUUUUGCUAGUAAAGUAUUUGUUACACGAUUUUCGGAUAUUAUUGAAGAAACUAGUCAUAAGAAAAAUUAUGUUGGUUAUCCACCUGAUUCAACUUAUCAUGGAGAAUCUCGAUCUGUAUCAAAACGUAAUGGUACAACACGUGAAAUUGUUCCUGAAACAAUACAAACAUUUGAUACUUCAUCUACUCGAACGAAUAGUAGUGAUCGAUGGUCAAAUGCAUAUAAUAAUAGUAAUCGACCACAACAUAAAAGUGAUUCAAGACAUUCAUCUGAUCGUCGACAUUCGAAAGAAUAUGGAAAAGGAACAAGUACUUCUCUUAUAUCCAUUCCAUCAGUUGAUAAUGGAACUAUGCCUAAUUCAUCAUUGAAUACAAGACGGCAUCGUUUAUCUACUUCAUCAAAAGAUAGUCUUUCAAAUAAUAAUCUCUCAUCCGGUCGUAAUCCUCAUCGAAGUAGUCAUCCUAGACAUCAACCAUCAUCAACUUCAUCAUCAUCUUCAAGAUCAGGAGCAUCAUCAUCUACUCAUAGUUCAUCGAGUACAAAUCGUUCGAAUUCAUAUCAAAAACAUUCAACAACGAAACAUUCACAAAAAUCAUCGAAAAAACCUUCAAAAUAUUUGACUACUAAUUUAAAAACAUCAUCAACUACAGGAAAAAAAUCGUCAACAAAUAAAGAACAUUCAACUAAAUCUUCACAUCAUUCUCGAUCAGUUAAAUCUGAGAAAGAUAAUGAUUCAUCAACAAUCAUUCCACCUCAACAACAACAACAAUUACAACUAGAUCCGGUUAUUCUUCCUAGUUUGACUGUUGAAGAUCCAUUUGAAUCAACAAAAAAAGAAUCAUCACCACCAAAACAACAACAACAACAACAACAACAAACACCUAUACCUUCAUCAUCAUCAUCACCGAAAGCUCCAUUAAAAAAUACUGAACGUGUUUUUGAUUGGCUUAUGCAAAAUCAUCAUCAUGAUAGUAAUAGUUCAAUGGGUUUAGAUCAAAAUGAUGAUGACGAACAUUUAUUAAAACGUAAACCGGAUGAUGAUAGUCUAGAAAACGUUAGCGAUGAACAAACAUCAAAAACAUCACCACCUAUACAAACAAAUAAUACCACAUUAUCAACAUGUUUAAAAUCAUCGACAUCAAUGAAAAAUUGUAAAAAUGAAAAAUCGAUAUUAACAUCAGCUUAUCGUUUACAACCAAUUCGUACCGGUAAUAAACGUGAUGAUCAAAUGGAAAAUUCAUCAGCAAAUGAACUUCAUUUAUCACCACCACCACCAUCACAAUCAUCAAUACCACCGGUAUCAACGCCAACACCAUCAUUAACAAAAGAUGAUGUAGAAACUCAUAUAGUUCAUCGUCGUAUUCCACCAACAAAAUAUCAUUUAUCAGCAAGAGAUACAAAAAUAAUUCCACUUGAUUCAAAUUCAUCAUAUGAUCAAUUAGAUGUACGUUUAAAAAGUUAUCCAUCAUUAUUUAAUGAUCAUGUUGAUUUAAUACGUUUACCAUUUCCACAAUUUGCAUUUGAACAUAUUAAAACUUCUACAACAUCAUCAAAUGUUCUUGUUGUACUUAAUCCAAAAGCACAUUUAAAACAUUCGUCACUUGGCUUAAAUAAUCCAUCAUCAACAAUAAAUGCAACAAAACAUGAAACAUCGCUUGAUACAAAUCUUUCGAAUAUCACUAAUACGACUAUUUCGACUUCGACUACUACUACUACUAUUACUUCUACUACGAAUAAUAAUGAUGAUGAGUUAUCAACAACACGAAUACCACUUGAUGAACGUAUACGAUUAUUAGAUAAACAAAUGUAUGAAAUGAAUCAUGGACAACAAAAAUCUACUACAUCGUCUUCGUCAUCAUCAUCAAGUUCAUCAUUAUCACCAGCAACACUUAUUGAACAACAAAAUCAAAAAAUAAUAACAGCAUCAUCAUCAUCAGCAGCAGCAGCAGCAGCAGUAGCACCGAUAACAACAGUACCAAUUAUGACAGCAGCAACAACAAUAAAUACGAAUACUGCAGUUAAAAGUGUGACUGAACUUGUGUCAACACUUUCAGCAACAUCAUCAUCAUCACAAACACUUGCUCAAUGUAUUCAAGCUGCACGUGCUGCUGCAUUAAAUGCUCAACCAACUCAAUCAAUAUCACCAUCGAAAACAACACCAACGAUAUCAACGAGUUCACCAUUUCAUUUUCCAGUUACAUCUGUACCAUCAUUAAAUUUAAAUCGACCGUUGUCAACAACAGCUCCAUCACCUAUUCAUAUACCAUCAGUAUUAGCACCACCACCACCACCUCCUCCACCACCAUUUCCAAAUUUACCACGUUUAUCUGAUGCAUCAUCAAAUUCAAUAUUGACAUUUCAUGCUGCAAUUGCUCAAACACAAAUAGCAGCAGCUGCAGCAGGAAAAUAUAGUCCAAUGUCUUUUGCUACUACAUUACAUCCACCGCCACCACCAGUACCAGCAUCACUUAUUUCACCGUCACUUAAUCUAAAUUCUCCAAUAACGCCUACUCCAACACUUAAUAAUUCGUCUAAUAAUAAUAAUAAUAAUAAUCUUAUUUCAACUUUGAAAUGUUCGUCACCAUCUUUACCAAAUCGUUCAACACCGACAAAUCUUUUAAGUCCACCAGUAUCUAAUAUUUCAUCUCAAUCGUCGUUUUCGGAUUCAAUACCUAGUUCUCCAAGUACGUCAUCAGCUAAAAUUCUUGAACGUCUUGGUCCGUCAGCAAAAUUUAAACGUAAACCAAUUCCACCACCAUUAGCUGUUAUAACAACUCCGACAACGCCUACAAAUAAUAAAGAUUCACCUAUAUUACCAUCACCAGAAUCGACUACGCCUACAAAUACUGGAACAAAUUCACCAGUAACAGUUUCUUCACCUGCACUUCAACAUCAACUAUCGACAUCGUCAUCAGUUGGUUUAAAAUCUAUAUUAAAGCAACGUUCAUUAUCUAAUCCAUCAUCUGCAUCAGCAUUAUCACCAACAAAUGAACGAAAAUCAUCAACAAAUUAUGUUUCACCAUUAGCAUCAAAUGAAAUACGUGCACCAUUACAAGUAACAUCAACGACAACUAAUCGUUCAGCAUCAACGGAUUCAGUAACUAAACGUACGCCACCAACAACACCAACAGUACCAACAGAAAAGAAAAAAUCUCUUAAUCAACAAGAUAGUAGUGUAUUUACAAAUGAUAUUGAUGAACGUCAAGCUGCAGCGGCAGCAGCAGCGGCAACCGCAGCUGCAGCAACAGAUGAAAAAAAAUCUACAUGGCGUGCACCACCAACUAAACAAACAUUAUCUAAUGAAACCGUUACUCCGAAAAAACCUACAUUAGAUAAAAUACCAAAAAAACCAUCGGCAACACCAAAGCCUACUGUAACUGAACCAGUAAAACAACCACCGAAAGUGAUUAAAACUACUGCUACUGUUACUGCUACUACUACUACCACUACUACUACUACUACUACUACAAAACAAUCACAAAUGACAUCGCUUGGUUCAAAAGUUCCACAAUUAACUCUGGAACGUAUCGAUCCAAAAAAUAUAAAACCAUCCGUUGAAAUGAGUGGAAAAUCGAUUAAUAAAUCUAUUAAAAUAAGACGAACAAACGUUAUACAAAGUGAUAGUGAUUCAGAAAAGAAAUCAACAACAACAGAUGUACAAAAAACGAAAAAAUCGUUAUUAAAUAAUGAAAUAACAAAACGUAAACAACAACAUCAACAUCAACAAAAACCACUUCCUACAACGAAAAAACCUCAAUUGACUAAACCUACUAAAACUAAAACACCAAGUACAGUAAGAAAACUUUCAACAACUGAAACACAUUCAUCUUCAUCGGAAGAUGAUGAGAAAAAAACUGAACAUACAACAACUGCUUCCGAUCAUGAUCAAGCAUCGAGUGAUAAUGAUGAAAAAUCUAAAAAAGAUUCGAUUAAAAAACGAACUAAAACUACGAAUAAAAAUAAAUUAAAAUCAACAUCAUCGCGUAUGAAUUGGAGAGAUUUAAGACAAGAUACUAGUAUGUAUGAUAGAAUCAAAAAACGAGCAAGAAGUGAACAAACUCGAAAUAGUUCAAUGUCUACAAGUGAAGAUUUCUUAUCGGAUGAAAACAGUAAUGAAGAUGAUGAUGAUGAUGAUAAUGAAAAGGAUGAAGAUGAUGAUCAUCCAAUAUCUAGUCGACCAACUAAUAUGACAUCAAGACGACAUAAUGUCAUGAGUGAUUCAUCAGAUUCUGAAGAAGAAGAAGAAGAAGAAUCAUCAUCAUCAAAAAGUAAAACUAAAAAAUCAACUGUAUUCGACAAUAAUGUUUUCGAUGCUGAAGAAAGUGAUGAUAAUAAUAAAUCGAUUAAUCGUAAAAAGAAAGUUACACAGCAACAACCACAACAACAAUCACAAUCACAACCACCACAACAACAGCAAAUAAAAAAACCUAUAUUAAAAACAAAUAAUGAACCCAUAAAAAAAGAGAAGUUAUCAAAAAACAAUGAUGAAUCAUCGAAUAUAAAAAAGAAGAUGAUAACAUCAAAAGUAACAGAUAAAAAGAAACCUAUAGUGAAUUCAACUAAAUCUAUAUCGAAACCAACGAAAACGACAACAUCCGCUCAAAAACGUCCUUCAACAGAUGAAUCAAAUGAAUCAACAAAAAAACUUAAAGUUGAUGAUGAUAAAUCUAAAACAAUAACAACAACAACAACAUCAUCAUCAACAAUUGAAGAACAACCAUUACCAUCAUCACCACUAAGGAGAACAACACCAACACCACCACCACCAACAACAAUUCAAACAGAAUCAGAAAUUUCAAUACCUGACAAACCUGCAAUUGUUAUUACAUCUCCACUUAAUGAAACUUCAACUAAUUUGUCUAAAAUUGUUGAAUCAUCAGUUGAAACAAAUUCACAAACAACACCUACAAAAUUUGGUAUUGUAUUUACUAGUCAUCAUCGUCAUUCGACUACAACACCAUCAGCAGUGUUUCGUAAACCAUCAACAGAAACAUCAACAAGUCAUGAAACAUCAAAGAAUGAUGACGAAGAAAUGGAUGAUGAUCAUGAAUCAACACCUGCUCAUAAUAAUAAUAAUAAUAAUACAGUUAAUAAAAAUGAACAAAUCACAUCAAAUACAAAUACAUUAAAACCACCAACACUAACAGCACAACCACCAUUAAGUGAUGAUGAAACACUUAAUCCUGAAACAAUGCAAUUGAGUGAUUUAAUUGGCGGUAGUAGUCGACGUGAAGAACCAAAAUCUGCUCCAUCACGUUCAGCAAAUAAAACAACUGGUAAAGGUAAAAGAACAACAAAACAAGAAACUUUAACGAAUAAACGUCAACAAUCAAAAACGAAUACGAAAGCAGUUCAACCGCCGGUAGUAUCAACGGAAAAAGAAUCUGUACCAACUGUACAAAAACCAGAUGCUCCUGUAUUACCAUCUACAGAACAAACAUCUACAAUAUCAACAACUGCAAAACGUCUUUCUACAGCAGAAUCUGCGACGCCAUUAUCAACUACAAAACGUCUUUCUACAGCAGAGUGUUCGACGACAUUAUCAACUACAAAACGUCUUUCUACAGCAGAAUCUUCGACGACAUCAUCAAUUGCGAAACGUCUUUCUACAGCAGAAUCUUCGACGACAUCAUUAACUGCGAAACGUCUUUCUACAACAGAAUCUGCGACGACAUCAUCUCCAGCUAUUGAGAAAGAACCAAAACGUUUACGCAAAAGUACAGAUGAACCAACAGUACAACCACAAAUUAAACUUGAACCCGUUGAAGUUGUUUCACAAUGGACGAAUACAAAAAUUAAAGAAGAAGUUAUGGAACCAAUAUUACCAUCUGAAGUAAAUAAACAAGCAACUCCGCUAACGCCGCCACCACAAUUGCAGCCGCAACCACAAUCGCAGCCGCAACCACAACCGGCUCCACAACUGCAACCACAACCGUCAUCACCACUACUACCACCACCACAACUAUCACAGCCAGUUAUUGAUCAACCACAAGUAACGUCAAUGGAAGUUGAUCAAAUUCCACCAUCAACUUCCAUAAUAACAUCAACACAUUUACCAUCAACAACAAGUGCUGAAACUGAAAAUGCUAUUAAGGCAUUAUGUUCAUCUAUUCAAAUACCUCAACAAACAAUACCAAAAACAUCUAGUGUAGAAAAAUCACCUACAAUUAUCGCACCUAUAUCAAAAGAAACUUUACCUAUUGUUGAACAUCAAUCAACACCUAUAACAACAAUAACAACAACAACAACGACAGUAACGCCAACAACUGCAACACCAACAACGUCUAUAAUACCACCACAUGUUUCAAUUAAAUCAUCAAUACCAUCAACAACAUUUAGUAUGUUUAAUUUAAAUCGUAUACAUUUAUUAAAUUCAUUUUUUUUCUUUUUAGAUGAAGAAACAUUAAGUGCAGUAAAUAGUCUACUUAUGCUAAAUAAUAAUCCUCCAAAUAUAGCUGGUGAUCAUCCACCAAUGAAGGGUACAGCACGUGUAACACCAACAAUUAGUAAACCAGUUUAUUCAUUUGUCACAUCGUUACCAAGUCCUACAGAUCAACAAUCUCGUCAAUCUGCAACAACAACAACAACAACGACAACAACAGCUGCAGCAAUGACAUCAACAACAACUACGACAAGUGUUGCAACACCUUCAACACAACAAAAUGAUCUGAUAACAAUGGUAUCAAAUAUUGUUUCAUCAGCGAAUCUUAAUGGUGAUAAAUCAACGGUAACAACAUCAUCACCGUCAUCGUUAUCGACAACAACAACAGCAACAACAACACGAUCACAUAUUGAAUCAGUUAUUGAUGAUGUUGCUAAAGGCGUAUCAACAACAACAGCAAUAGUAACUGAACCUACAACAUCUAUUGUUGAUACAAAUCCAUCAUCAUCGAUAUCAACUAAUACUACUAAAUCAACAUCGAUACCAACUGUAUUACGUGAUGUCAUGAAAACACCUUGUUUAACAUCAUCAACAACAGUUACAACUGCAACAACUACAACAGCAGCAGCUAGUGAAACAUUAAAUCUAUUUGAUUCACAUCGUCGUUCGACAUCACCAUUAAAAACAUCACCGAUGACAGCGACAACAACAACAACAACAACAAAUGUUUUAUCAACAACAGCAACAGCAUCAUCGACUCCUGUCGUACCUGCUGUUGUUCGACCGACUUCACAAAAAGCUUCAACAAAUCAUAAACGUUCAUCAACACCGAAAGCCGAUCCACCACCGACUGUACCAUCACCAAUAUUGCAUCCAUUUCAACAUAUGCUUUCAGCAGAUGGUAAUUUAUUUGUUGCUGCUGCAGCUGCUGCUCAUCAUCCAAAUUUUCCAUUUUCAAUAUUUGGUCAAUUGGGAACAAAUCCAGUUAAUCCAACGGGAAGUUCACCAACAAAUCUACUAGCUUCAUCACUUGUAUCAAGUUCUCCACCAUUAGCAACACGAACAUCAUCAAUAAGUAAUAGUAGUUCAAAUGCAACUAGUCAUAUUGUUAAUAAUCCAUUUCUCAAUACAAUUAUGGCUGGACAACAAAAUCUAUCAUCAUCAUCAGCACAUUCAAAUCAAAAUACUCAUGAAAAAGGAUCAAGACGAGAUUCUGUGACAAAAGGUUUAGGUACAUCAUCGUCAUCAUCAAAUCGUUCAACACCUAUUCAACAAACAGUACCUGUACCAAUAGCAUUGACUAUUCCAUCAUCAUCAUCAUCAUCAUCAUCCACAUCCACAUCAUCAUCUAGUGGAACAACAAAUACUAUGAUCAAUCAACGACAGUCAUCACCUUUAUUAGGUUCAUUGGAUGCUACUACUGCAGCUGCUAUACGACAAGCAUCACCAUUACAACAAUUUCUUGGACCAGAUCCUGUUGCACCAUUUCGUAAUGUUUAUUCUGAUCCAUCUGAACUUUACGGUACACCACCAGGUCUUUAUCAACCACAGAAUAUUGCUUAUGCUGCUGCAGCUCAACAAAUGUUAAACGUAAUGAGUAUAACAGGUAGUCAUCAUCCAUUUGCCGCAGAAUUAUAUUCAAAUCCAGAAUCAUAUUUACGUUUUAAUCCUCCAACAAAUGAACUAUCACGUGAUCCAUAUAAUGUUCAAUGGCAAGGAAAUUUAAUAUUAAAAAAUGAUCAAGCAUAUGUUAAAACUCAACUUGUUGCUGGAAGUCCACAAAUAGCACGUGCAUCAAUGAAUUAUUGGAAUUCCGAUUCAUUAUCGAAUGCAUCGUCAAAUCUACAGACAUCUUCACAUCAUAAUUUACGUAUAUCUCAACGUAUGCGUUUAGAACAAGCACAACUUGAAGGUGUACAAAAACGUAUGCAAAUGGAUAAUGAUCAUUGUAUAUUAAUAGCUGAACCAAAUGGUUCAACGCCAGAUGAAAUUCGUACACAACAAAAUAAUUUAAAGAAUGGUGUUAUUAGAUAUUUCGAUGAAAAAAAAGCAGCCGGAAUUGUCAAUGUUUUAUUGCCCGGUGCGUCACAACCAGCUUAUGUUGUACAUAUAUUUCCACCAUGUCAAUUUGCAUCUGAAAUUCUACAAAAACGUGCGCCGGAUACUUAUCGUUGUGUUGUUCAAAAUAAAAUUGAACAAAUUUAUUUGUUAAUUGUCAUAACGAGUACAGUUCAAUAG